CAAGUCUCGACACAACACAACAGAAGAUUCUCUCUCUCUCUCUCUCUCUCACGUUUGUUUCAAAAUCUCAUGUACCUCGUGCCUUUCUUCAACGCCUCUUUAUUUUAGCUACCUCUCUCUGUCGCUCCUGUUCUGUACUUUUUUUUUUAUAUAAACUGCUCUUUCUACAACCUCCCGCCUUAGCAUUUAAGUUCCUUACCAUUCACCAACAUUGACUCAUAGAAAGAAAAAAAAUAUUUGAGAAAUUAUGGCAAAGGCAACCGUUGAGCUUGAUUUUUUUGGAAUGGAGAAAGAGAGUUCUUCCUCUUCCUCCAAAUCCCAGUUCCAAAAGUUUCUCGAUCGCCAGAGAAGCAUUCGAGGAAUGCAGAGUGCCAUUUCGAAGAUUAACCCUGAGGUUCUGAAAUCUGUGAUUGGGUCUGGUUCGGUGAACAAUGGCUCAGGUUCAGUGCCCUCGAGUCCAAACAGAGAGCAAAUUCUCUUCCCUGUUUUGCCUGUCUGUUCUGCUCCUACACUCAGGCCUAGUUCGGAGAACCUUUCUGAUUCAGCCCCUUUGACUAUAUUUUACAAUGGUACUGUCUCCAUUUUCGAUGUGCCUCGAGACAAGGCGGAGACCAUUUUGAAGCUUGCUGUGGAUGGAACCUCGAAAGCUGUUGAAAAUACAUUGGACCCAAAAAUUGCAGUUCCUUCAAGCGGCCAAGAACAACUACUCCAAACACUCAAUGGAGAUCUGCCAAUUGCGCGACAUAAGUCGUUGCAAAGAUUCUUAGAGAAGCGCAAGGAGAGGCUGACUUCCGUUUCGCCUUACAGUUGCUACACCUAAAUAUACGCGUUUUUAGAAGACCAAAGGAAGGAGCUAUAUCCAUCCGAUGCAGACCUUGAACCGCACAUAUAUAUAAUAUAUAUAAUACUAGUAGUUUUAGAAUACUUUUGUCCUUUUGUCCUUCAAGGAUUUCAGCCUAUUAUUGUAGUAGCCUUUUUUUACUUGCUUGGACAAAAUGGUACUACUGGCAUUAGAAUUAGCUUUGCUUAAGUAGGGACCGCUUUUGGGUGGUUCACGUUUUAGUUAUGGGUGUACUGAAUAGUAUUUCUCUCUUUCCUUCUAAGCUUUUGGCAAUUUCUCCGAACUCUCCUUUGGUCUUUCCAUGUGGAUUUGAAAUUGAAGCUAUUCAUUUGUUUAUUAUAAUGUUCUAA